UAAAAGGUUAAAUGCAUUUUUUUGUCAAGAAUAUUAAAAAUUAAAAUCAACAAUUUGCGAGAGGAGUGAUAUUUGCACUGACCAAAUAAAUUCAGGGUCAUACGUUUCGAUUAUUGUCAAUUCAAACUGUCGAGGAUCCGAAGCGGAUUCAAUUCAGUAAGAAGGAAGAAAGAAAAUCUUUCGGCUGCAUUUUUGUGUCAAUCUAUACUCAAAUCUCAAAAAUGAGCGGGCCAGAUGCUCUGUUUUCUCUGCGGAACAAUUUCUACGUGGGAGCAUACCAGGCCGCCAUUAAUGACAGCGACGUCCACGGUCUAUCCGAAGAUGAAUCAAUCGAGAGAGACUGCCUCGUUUAUAGAUCUUACAUUGGCCUCCGCAGCUACCAGCUUGUGAUCGAUGAGAUAAACGACUCGGCACCGACGCCUCUGCAGGCUGUGAAGAUCUUGGCAAUGUACCUGGCGGGUCCUCAAUACAAGGAAAAUGCAAUCUCCAGCCUCAAGGAAUGGCUAAGUGAUGGAGUCAUAAGUAACAAUCCUGUUUUAAAGUUGGUUGCUGGAACCAUCUAUAUGCACGAACAGGACUAUAAUGAGGCACUGAAACACACUCACUCAGGAGGAACACUAGAGUUAAACGCUUUGAAUGUUCAAAUAUAUCUUAAGAUGCACAGAUCUGAUCAUGCAGAGAAACAAUUAAAGAUAAUGCAGCAAAUUGAUGAGGAUCAUACUCUGACACAGCUUGCAAAUGCGUGGAUAAAUUUGGCAGUGGGUGGUUCAAAGGUCCAAGAAGCGUAUUUAAUUUUCCAAGACUUUUGUGACAAGUAUCAACAAACUGUUACUAUUCUAAAUGGGAAAGCUAUCUGUUGUAUGCAUAUGGGAAAGUUCGAUGAAGCUGAUACAGUGCUGCUAGAGGCUUUGAAUAAGGAUGCCAAGGACGCUGAUACUCUUGCUAAUCUAGUGGUUUGCAAUCUUCAUCUGGGAAAACCAGUUACUCGUUAUCUUAGCCAGUUGAAAUCGUACCAUCCAGAGCAUUUGCUUAUCAAGCGUGCCUCUAGUGCAGAAGAGAAUUUUGAUAGGUCUGUUCAGGCUGUUGCCUAAAAAGUGUAAUAUUAAAUGAACAUAUCUUGCAAACUGGAAAGCAAGUACAAAGGAUCAGCACUCAUUUUUUAAUUUCAUUGAGUCACCCCUGUGAGUUUCAUGAAUUUUUUGGUUAUAUAUGAAAUUUUCUUUGCUUCACUUAUUAA